AUGGGGGCGGGCGUAGUGGUUUAUCGCCUGGAGCCCGAUCACCAAGAAGUUGGCCUCCGUGACGCCCAGUAUGCCGUUGGUGUAGUCGAAAGUCUCGAACUCGCUCUCGCGCCACACCGUGCACAACACAUGGAUCGGUGCUAUCGACAGCAGAAGGAAGAUCGUGAACGUGUACCCGCCCGGGUACAGCGUGCAGCAGAUGUACGGGUAGAACACCGUCACGACGGCGUCAAUACCGUGGUCCAGCAGUUGUCCCAAAGGCGAGCUCAUGCCCAACUUUCUCGCCUGUUUCCCGUCUAUUCCGUCGAAGGUCUGCCGAAACAACUGAAACUCCCGAAAACUGACAUACCAAGUACAGCAGCGUCAUCACCGACGCCAACGUCGGCAUAA